AUUAACAUGGUACAUUUUCUUCUCUUCCAUGUAUAAAAUGGCAGAUUUACUGCAACAGAUACUAAACAUAAAGUAAUCGAAAAUAUUAGUGAAACAGUGUCCAGGUGGUUGCAUAAAAGCUCAACAACUCUAUUUCCAACGAUCGUUUAUUCUCCUUUUUAAUCGUCAACAAAUUACAGACUCAAACGAGAAAAUGUCAGUGAAUUUUCGGGCAGCGUAAAUGUCAUUUUUUUAUUUGUAAACAAUUAUUAUCGGUGGUUUUAUCAUUUGAUAGUGAAGUAACUUCUCACUUUCUGUGGCUUCAUUGUUCCUGAAAAAUGUCUCAGGAAACAUUCUAGGAGUUAUGGGAGAUCCUCAUAGACGUUGAUAACAUUGAAGAAACCAUAAUGGCUCCAAGGAGAGCUGAGGACCUACAGGUGAAGCGGAUUGCCGCUCCAGGAUGUCGUCUACCAACUCGUCUACCCAUUGGUGAAAUAUUAACUGACAUCACUCACAAGGACUGGAAACUCGGACCGCGUCUAGGUUACGGAGGUUUUGGAGAUAUUUACCUUGCCUCAGACGAGAUCCACAAAUCAGUAACUCAGGAUGCGAAAUAUGUAAUAAAAAUCGAGCCUCACUGCAACGGGCCCCUCUUCGUGGAGAUGAACUUUUACAUAAGAGCAGCUCGCCAACAUCUGAUAAACAAAUGGUGUGAGAAUCAGCAGCUCUCGAGAAUAGGGGUCCCGAGCUACGAAGGAUCUGGCUCUCAUAUCUACAAGGGCGAGCGAUUUCGUUUCCUCGUGAUUCCCCGUUACGGAGUAGACGUUAGCCAAUUAUUUAAUAACUACGGCAGAAAAUUGCCCACAAAAUUAGUGAACAGUCUUGCGGUGCAAAUGCUGGAUGCACUGGAGUACAUUCACAGUCAUGGUUAUGCCCACGCGGAUGUCAAGAGUUCGAACAUUGUCUUGGAGAAUGCCCCAACCAUUCCAGAAAGUCCACGUGCUUAUCUAGUGGAUUACGGACUGGCGUAUCGCUUUCGUACAGCUGCUGGGAUGCACAAACCCUUCGUCCAUGAUGAGCGAAGGGCGCACGAGGGAACGCUGGAGUUCACAUCGAGGGACGCACAUCAUGGGACUCAUUCGAGACGAGGGGACAUGGAGACACUGGGCUACAAUAUUUUACAGUGGAUGUGUGGGAGACUCCCUUGGGAGAGAGAACAGGGUGGCAUGGAUCACAAUAGCGAUCCUGAUCAUGUUCACGCCCAGAAAGAAUUAUUUCUCUCUGACAUAGCACACUUCAUGAGUGUCUGCUUUCCAGACAGAAAAAAACCACCUGCUGCCAUCAAAUCGUACAUGAAGUACAUCUCAAGUCUGGAUUUCCAGACCAAACCCCAUUACUCUUACUUGAGGAGUCUCUUCAAACCGAGGGAAAAGAUGGAGAGUGUUACUCGUUUGCUGGGAUCAAAUUUAGGGAAACGAGUAGUGGCUGACGAGAAUAUCGAUUACUUAAGGCCCAAGAAGAUGCCCUAUCUCAGGGAGAGGAGACCCUGUAAGCCCGUCAACUGCCAGGGCAGGAUUACCAGGAAUCAUCAUGUGAAUUUUCAGACUGCGACUUUCAGUUGGGAGGAGGUACUUGCGAGGCAUCCUGAUAGAAUGGCCAAGAGUUCCUUAGUACAAAAUGUUGAGGAUGACGUGUUCAAUGGAUUGACGCCACCUCCUUCACCUCCACCACCCUCUUUACCUACCUAUGCUAUGCUGCAGGUGAUAAAGAGAAUGAAGGACAGGCAGGCGGGGAUUUAUAGACAGAAAACUAAAGCUAAUGAAGAGCUGAAGGCCAAGUGGAUGACACCGGCCAUGGAGGAAGUUGCGCAAUUAAAGAAGAAAGUCCAAUCGAUAAUGUCAAUGCCAGAGAAGAGCAUUUCUCCGCGAGUGACGCGUUCACGUGUUGCACGGUUAAAUCGUAAGUAGUGGAGGUGGGGGAAGAAAAAAAAAUUUCACUUCCACAUCUUAAUUGCCAGGAAAAGUUAAAUAAAUGUGAGGAAAUAAUCGGCCUUGAAUAUUCUCAUUACUUUGCAAAUGGCAUCCAAUAUCGUAAUAUCUAGUAUUUUUACUAUUAGUGAACUUAUAUAGACAAUUCCAAUCAGGUAUCAUCUCUCUCUUUUGACGAUUAUGGUGUAAGAAAUCAUUUGAAUUUAGUUCUCCGGAGAUGAAUAUUUUGGUUUCGCCAAUUCUAUAAGACUGCGUUUAUUUUCACUGAAUUUUUAUCGGUGGCAAUUCAGGAAAAUAUAAAACGGUAUAUCGCCUCUUUGUCCAGCAUUAAUUUUCUACAAUAUUUUUCCAUAAUUCAGGAGUGAAGCUCAGGGUUUAUCAACAUACUUAUCAGUAAGGGAAUCCGUGUGGAGAUUUUUUGUUGUUGUCUUUUUCUGCGGACAUAGAACAAAUUGAUCGUGACGUGUUAGUGACUUCUCCCUUUCGGUAACUUCAUCACUGAAUUUAUUAAGCUUCCAUUUCAGUUCUAGACAAAAGAACAAAAUCAUUAAAUUUGUAUAGAUUACUUGUAAGUAUAGUGUAAUUCAUUGAGUCUAUUAAUCAACGUAAUUCUGAUUGAAUUGUAAUUUGUAUAUUGUGAAUCAAGCGAAUAAUUCUGACUUGGCUUCGUUUGUUCUAUUGACAAUUUUUCAGUCAUGUUUCUUUCGUUAUGGAAAACUGAUUUUUAUAUUUUAUAUAGUAUUAAAAGGUUUUUCCAUGGCAGAAAUUGUUUCAUUUAUAUAAUUCAGGAGUGAAGGUCAGUUCUUUCACGAACAUCAAUUCUUUAAAUUUAUUCAAGAAUCUCAAGCAAUACGAAGGGAGAAUUUUUUAAUAACUCCGUAGUGAACAUCUCCACAGAAAAAAUUAUAUUAAUGACUUACCUCAAUUGACCACGCCGCCACUGAAUUAAUUUAUCUUUCACUCCCGACCAAAAGAAUAAAAUUAUUAAUUUUGUACAGGUUAUUUUAAAGUAUACUUUAAUUCACGCACUCCAUCAAUCAGCGUUAUUGCGAUUAAACCGCUGCUUCGUACAUCUCAUGAUGUCAAUCAAGCGCUGAAUUAUUGAAAUUAAUUAUUUUUUCGAUUUUUAAUUUCGUAUAAUCACGCUUUUUUGUUACGGAAGGUUAUUUUUCAUAUUUAAUAUGGUAGAUUUUAUCGUCGAACAAACCAUUGUUUCCUUAUAUUCCGCAUUAUUAUUUUCAAUGCUUCAGCUUACGGCUUUACCGUGAGAAGAAUUAUUACGUAAUGAAGUCACUGAUUUUUAAUGCUAUUAAGCAGGUGUGGAGUUGCACGUUAAAGAUAUCUUUCAGCGUACAAGGAUAAGACAAAGUACAUGCAGAUGGCUUUCGUCGUGAAUCCAACGUGAAUAUAUCGAUAUACAGCUGUAGAGAAAUAUUUAAAUGAAACUCGUUAUUCAUAAAUUCUGUAAUAUUCAUAUUUAGAGAAUCACUGUCAUUUAUGUAAAUAUAUAGAAAUCAUGUACGGAAUCCGAUUCUUAUUUCAUUAUUUACCAACAAUUUAUCCAUAAAAUAUUUACUAUAGUGUUUGCAAAUUUUUCAGGUGAAUUUCAUUUGUAUAUUUAUUAUUUAUAUUAUUAUUUUGUAAUUUUGGAUCAAUUUCCUUUAAAAAAUUAAGUGAUAAAAGAAUAGUUGAUGAACCAAGGUGGAGUACUAUCGUUUACCUCCCUCAUUCUGUUAGAGCAGUUUAAUAAAAAAAGUUUUUAAAUUUUUUUCCACCAUAGAUUGUGAUGAGAGGGAAAAAAUGUUAUAAAAAGUUUGAUUUUUUUUUAGGUACCACUAGCAAUGUAAAUAAAUUCUGUGGAUGUAAAAAGAAUAAUUUUUAAAAA